AUGGCUGGAAAUGAGAACGAUUCGGAUUCAGAUUUUGUUAAACAUUGGGUACAUGAACUCUCAUUUGGAGGGUCUAGCACUUUACGUCUAUUCAUCGAGUCAUUACAAGCAGAUAUUAAAAGUAGGGAUCGUUUGAAGCAAGAAAAUGGAUUGAAACGAAUUAUUUUGGUCAUAAGUAAACUUCCAGAUGAUUUUCCGUGGCUAUCAACUCAAGAGGAACUGCUCAUUAAUUUCUUGAUGGCAAAUUACAGUGUUCUCGACAAACCAGAUGUUUAUUUUUUGGCAGCUGUUAAAAAACUAGUGAGCUUUUUCCAUAUACAACUUAUGAAAAGUCCACAUCUAGCUGUCGAUUAUAUUCAAGUUGUAGUUGAAAAAUUGUUUCAUCAAGAACAAGUGCAAACUUUUUCUCAAAAAGAACGAUAUGUGUUUUAUCAAAUCUUGGAUAUCUUAUUAACUAAAUAUCACAAAGAGCUCUUGGAAAAUCCAUAUUUUAUCUCCUAUUUUAUAUCAGCGAUUAACGGAGAGCAAGAUCCCCGAUGUCUCGUUAUUAUUUUCCGACUUUUUUGUAUUAUUUGCAAGCACUCCAAUCUUGGGAAUUUUCCAAAGAACUUGUUCAAUAUUUAUGUGAAUGAUUUGUUUGACGUUAUUGCAUGCUAUUAUCCUAUCCAAUUCCAACAGAAUUCAAAAGAACGAACGGAAAUCACUAGACAGCUUUUGGUCAGUGGUUGCGAAAAUUGCUUGUUUGCUGAUGAAGAAUUUGCAUCAUUGGUUUUCGAAUUAGUCAUCGAAAAACUUACAGAAGAUGAAAAUUCGUUGGAAACGAAAUUAGAAGUUUGCACUUUUUUGGGCAAGGCGUGCUCUGCAUUUCCUGAUGCUGAUCUUACUGAUUAUAUUGAUGAUUUGUGCACUGGGAUUAGAUCGGUUUUGCUUAAAUCAUCAUCAACUACAAAUAUCACUUCUGUACGAGAACCAAUUCAUUUUGCUAUUUCUUCCGUGAUCAAAGCUUUGGAAAGAUCUAGCCCAGUGGUAUGUAAUUUUGCAAAAUUAAUUUACAGAUAUAUUUUUGUGGCUUAUUCUUUUUACAUAUUUAAGACAAAGAAUUUCUUACAGACCAGAAAAGAACAAAUCGAGUACGUCUGCCAGACUUUCAUUGAAAAUUGUGAAUUAUUUGUACUGAAGAUGGAAUUAGGUCUCACAGAAAAGAAUUUAGAAUUUUUCGAGACUCUGUUGAAGUCUAGUGAAUAUUGUUGGGAUAUUAUUUUUGGAGCUGUUUUUUCAUGGUUAUUAUUGUUGUGCAAAGGAGAUACAAUAAGUUCUGUCACCAAUAAAUCCGAAAUCACUAGCGAGAGUUUGAGGUUUUUAUGUCAUUGGAUUGAUUUAGCUGAAGGUUUCAAGCAAGUGAAACUGAUGCAGAAGUAUUAUGCACCGCUUAAUGAAAUGCUGAAUAAUAAUGAUUAUGAAAAUGCCCAAAUAGUUCAAUUCAAGUUGCUAAAGGUAUGUGUGAAUCUGCAUGUGGAAACAGAAAUGUUGCUAGAAAAAUGUAAAAUUUUUCUGCUAAAAAGUUUCGAUUCUGUGAUGAACUGCAAUCAGGAGCUGAAAAAUGAGUGUUUGAUGUUUGUUUAUGCUUUUGCUGCAAACAAUUGGAUCAUUGCAAAGACUUUGCUGGCUAAAAAAAUAAACGCCAUGAAAGAAUUAUUUUAUCCGGUAUUUUGGUCAGCUAUUCACAGCCCUGAAAGUCUUAAUUUUGUUGUGUCGCAUCUUGCCAUGUUAUUUCCGGCACCAUUAGAUUGGGGAGAUGAUAUGCAAGAACUUUACGUCAAAAUUUUCGAGAGGAACAAGUCUGGAGAUGGUUCUUUGCAGGAAAUGUUAUUGGAGGAAACGUUAGUUUGCGUUUUCGCAAAACUAGAAUCAGAAUUGAAGGCAGGACGAAGUUUGAAGACACAGGCAAGGUUGCUUCAGCGAAUUGGGCUAAUAAUCAGUGAUAGCACCCAUAUUAAAGGCUUACAUCUGAUCGAACAAAAAAUAAAAGAGUGUCCAUAUUUAUUACCAGGCUUGUAUCUUUACAUUAUUCAAUCAAUGAAUACUGAUAAAAUUCUCAAAAUUUUGGAGCAUUCGUUUGCUACUGAAAAAAAUUUUACAUGGUACAAAUCGUUAUUAUUAGCAGCAGUUGUUAAUAAGUCGGCAAGUUAUGCAGAAACUCUCAAGCAAAUAAAUAGAUUUGGAGAAAAUUUAGAAUUUUUGGAUAAUUUCAAAUGCAGAACGAGAUUAACAGCUGGGCUUAUGCUUGCUGGUCGUCCUGAAGGACCUAUUUUUUUUGCUGAACUUCUUCAAGACCUUGUUCAGUAUUUCGACUCAUCGAACAUCAAUCUGUUAACAGAAGCACUUGUAGAUAUGUUAACUUUUGAUAAAUGCUACUCUGAUCCUAUAAAGUGUAAGUAUAAUGCAACUUUUCUAUGGCAACAACGAAUAUUUUGUCAGCUCGUCGCAGUUUAUGUUCAGUAUCUUGAGAGUUUAAACAAAGAACUAUGGGAUAGACGAGUUGUUUUAUUUGCCGUGCUAUCACCACUUUCUGAUCUGGCUGGAUCGCUAACAUCUGUGUGCAGUAGCUAUGCAAAGUUAUUAUCAGUCGUUUAUGAUGCGCUGGAUACGAACAGUUUAGAUUUGUUCUUAGAAAAGCAAAUUAUUUCUGCUCUGGCUAAUUUUUUAAAAAAUGCAACUUCUGAACAACUGACUGAUGAGUUGUUAUUGAAAAUACUACCGCGGUUGUUGAAAAUACUAUCACGGUUGCAAUUUAUGUCUGACAGUAGUCAAGACACGAGGCUUCAUUUAGUAUUAAUGGAAUGUUUACAAUUGGUAACACUUCGGUGGCGUCCUGAAAUGUUACUUCCUUACUAUAAUUCUGUAAUUCGCAAUUUGAUUGCCCAUUCUGCAUCUCGAAAGCGAGUUGUUCGUCAGGCUGUUGCAAAUGUCAGAAAUUCGUGGUAA